GGGCUUGCAGAUAAUCCAGCGGAUUCCAGUGCGGAACGGCUUGAGGCCUUGCGCCAGCUGGUGCAGUUGUACCAGCCUGCAUCCAAGACGCGAUCGCUUGGCAUCCUCAGUGCGUUGACUAGCAUGGGGCACUUUCGUGCCGGUGAACCGUUGCUGCCGCAAGUGUUGGACAUGGAGAGAAUCAUGGACGAAUAUGAACGCAGCAGUUCUAAGAAACUUGACGACGAUUUUAAAGCAAUCAUCUUUCUUAGAUCGGUGAGCAACAACAUGCGCAAUCAUUUGGCAACAGUCUUGAGUGAGGACGUUACGUACAACACGCUGAGGGAGACUGCCUUGCACUUUGAAAGGAUGAAUACUAGAUGGGAUUCCAAGAACUUGUUUGCAGGUGAUAGUUUGUUUCCCAAGGGCCGUGCUUCGCAGGAAGGCCCGGUCCCCAUGGAGGUUGAUGCUUUGCAGCGCAAGGGCAAGAAGGGAAACAAAGGUGGCAAAGGCAAGGGCGACAAAGGUGGAAAAUCGUCAGGUGGAAAGUCCAGCAAAGGUGGCAAAGGCAAAGGCGACAAAGGCGGAAAAUCGGCAGGUGGAAAAUCCAGCAAAGGUGGCAAAGGCAAAGGUGACAAAGGGUCAGGUGGCAAAGGAGACAAGAGGAAUGUGCAUCGAGUCGAGCUUGCAGUCGAGAUCGACAUGACCAGCGAUGAUGUGCCGCAGGACAGCCCAUACGUUGUUUGUGCAGUCACGAGUGGCAUAGGCAGGCCAGGCGGCACAGACUCCCAGUGGUACCGCGAUGCCCAGGGUCGCCGCAUUGCGGGACGUGAGAUGCGCACAGCCACGAUUGAGAUUGGCGGUGUGAAGUUUCGCGAGCAGUGGCUCCUUUCUUCGGUCACCCAGCCGUUGUUCUGUGUUGGAAAGCUGAUGCGCAAGAAUGGUUGGGACAUCAUCCAUGAUGGCGCAAAAGUCCCUUACCUCACGAGUCCUGAUGGCUCCACCAGAGUGCCGCUGUUCUACAAGAACUACAGCCUGCAUGCACGAGGUUCUAUCCGAGGUGUGUUUGGGCAAGACAACAUCACCGAGCCGGCAAUACGAGCACUUGAGGUGACGGGCCCAUGGCUUGAGUUGAAUGAUGCGUUUCAUGAAGUUGCCCCGCAAGUGUAUGCCCGGCGUGACAACACGGAUUGCUUUCUUGAUUGCGGUGAUGCUCUUGCACACCUUGGAGUGCAGUGCCGAACUACGGUCAGGCAAGACAGCCUAGGCUGGAAUGUGGUUGAGUUCAAUCAGGAUGUGACUUUGCUUGAGCAGCCAGAGGCUGAGUUCGAGCCCAGGCGAAUCCACCAGACAAUCACGAUUGGUUGCGUUGGCAAAGUUGAGAUAGAUGCUCUCUUCAAUCGCAAGCCCAGGCAUGUUCCGCCUGCACCAGAUGAUGAUGCCAUGCUUGAUGACGGGCUUCCAGCGCUCCCUGAGGAAUGCGCCGGUGAUGCUAUCGAUCAGGAUGAGCUUCUUGCUGGCAUAGAUGAUGCAGUGAAUGCAGAGGCCGAAGCAGCAGCUGGUGAACAGCAGAGCCGACAAGGCCACAUCGUUGUUGAUGGCGUUGAGCUUCAUGAAGGCUGCAACCUAAAGACGAUCAGAGCUGCAUGCCAGGCCUUAGGCGUAGGCAAAAGUGGAGGCAAAUCUACUUUGCUUGCAAGGAUUGCCAGCCAUCUUGAUAAGCAGCGGCUGCUCGAGAAGCAUCAGGUUGAGUAUGAUUCCAUCGCCAGCCGGCAGCAGCCGAGGGAGCAAAGGCCAGUCGAAACGCCAACACCAGAGCAAGUAAGGCUACACUCGCUGUCACACAUUCCGUUUGCACCAUGGUGUGAACACUGCUUGAAGUUCCAGGCCAGAGCGGAUAAGCAUACCAAGGCGCGUCCAGAGACGCGCGAGUGCAGUGUUUGUGCAUUCGACUACUGCUUCACCGAGCGGCCUACUGGAGAUCGCGGCCAAAAGCUUAUCUGCCUUGUGGCCAAGGACAGCCACACCGGAGCAGCGAUUGCAAUCCCGACACCGGCCAAAGGUGGAGCAGUGCCUUUCAGGUUCCUUGUUGCAGAGCUUUGCAAGUUCAUAAACUUUUGUGGCCAUUCUGAGAUUACCCUGAGAUCCGAUGGCGAGGCCACAUGUCGUGCCCUGCAGCAAGGUGUGAAAGACUUGAGAACAAAACUGAAGCUUGUUACCCACCUUGAGCAAACAGAAAAGGAGGACCACCAAGGCAACCCAGCAGAACAGGCCGUAGACCAGCUCCGACAGCUCACUGGCACCCUCUUGUUGCCCCAGCAGUACGAUGCAAAAUUUCUUGAAAGCCUUCGCGACCAACCGUGGUCACAGGCCAGCUUCCUGGCGGGGCAAAGCGGCCAAACCCGGCUGCAGAAAACCUUUCAGGGUCAGUCUGAUCAGGCAGCCGAGGAGGCACCAGCGCCAGAGGUUGUUGAAGAUGAGGGUCCGCAGCCCAUGCCGUAUCCCGGGCAUGUGGUAGCAGAUGAUACUUUGUUGUCCGACCUUGUGCCGCCGCCGCCGUUGCUGCGAACGCCAGAGCCGCCUACUCCUUCCAAUCCCAGUGCCGUGGCACCGGCCCAUAUGUUGCCCUCCCUGACGCCCGUGCCGCCUGAGACAGCAUCACCUGUGCCAAUGUUGGUCGAGCCGAGUGCAAGUGCUGGCGGGGAUGAAUCCACAGCAGCUGGCGGGGAUAGUGCACCAACACCUGAAGGCUCCACCGGAAGCCUUCCUACUAGUGGCACUGUCAGAGCGAGGCCAGCAGAUGCGCCAGCUGAUGCACACGUGCCGCCACGCACGAAGCGGCUUCGACUUGAUGCUGUUCAAGCAAGUGCACACGAUGCUGAGAUGUUCCAUCAUGAUGAGCCGCCAGAGCUCUUUGAUGAGGCCGCCGAGGAGUUUCUUGACUGCGAGAUUGAGCAGCCCCAGGAUUGGGAUGAUGCUGAGGCCUGA